AUGUGGUACAGGACGACAAACUUAUGGACUCUAAAGAACAUGGCCGAUAAUUUUAUCGGAAAAGCACAUUUAAGAAGGGAGAUUGUGAUAGGGGCAUUCCAUCGACUAACAGAAGAGCAGAAUAUCAGGGGAAAUUAUGUUGUAAGUGGCGAUGCCCUCACGCUUACUUAUUAUAUUGUUUAGAUAAUCCAAUUCAUCGGGGAUACUCUCAUUCCCCAUGAUCUCUAUUGUACUAGCUACAACAAAAAUGGUGAUAAACAUACCUCGAGGGCUUUAAUUCAAAGGAUCCACCAAGGAAAACGAGGGGCCAAUAAUGUUUGUGCAUGGGCAGGACAUCUGGCAGAAUGCGAAGUUAUAUCCUCAAAUCUGGAGACGGUCAGGUAUGGCACUCUGAAUUCUAUAAGUCGUUUUUUAGCCUCUCUACAAUACCCUCUCCCGAUCAGAAUGAACAACUUCCCAUUUCAAUAGAAAAAGUUCACAAAGAGGCUAAAAAGCAUAAACUAGUCGUAUGUGUGGCUCCAAUGUAUAUCUACACCGACUGGAAGAUCAUGGUUACCGGAAUUGAAACCUGGUUAGCGUUGGGGGCCACUAAACUGGUAUUCCCAAUUCAAUCAAUCUCGAGGACGUCAAUGGAAAUCCUGAGAAGAUAUGAGCUUAAAGGGAUUGUCAUCACCCGACCUUGGCCUAAAUGGCCAGUUCUGUCAGACACUAACCCCAAUGGACUUGUCUUAUCCCGAGGGAUCGAGGAAUCUCAUGUUAAUUGCCUUCAUUUCGUUAAAUCUUUUGCUGAAAUGGUCGCAUUCACUGACAUUGAUGACAUGCUUAUUCCCCCAGAGCCGUCGAAAGUUACUCCAGGAAUAAACGUUGGACUUUUAGAGGUAAAAAGAAUCAACAGUAAACGUAAUAGUACUUUAGGGAUUAUUCAAAGAGCAUCCGCAAGCCGGCUCUCUGCUCUUCGAACACCGUGAUGUGCAAUUUGUUUUACCCGAAGAGAAAGCAAAUGAGACUUUAAGGUCAUUCAACUUCCGUUUUCUACAUAAUACGAAAUGGAAACAAAAUUGUUUUAUCUGGAGGAUGAAAACUAGAGUGGUAGUGAAUGCAAGUAAGUAUAGGAUUUAGAAAAACUUUCUAGUGAUGACUAUAAAAUUCAAAAAAAUUUCUUAAGGUCGUGUGGACACUGUUAACAUGCAUGAAACCGGGAUCCAUCGACUUGGCUAUGUUCAGAUCAGGGUACCCUGUCGAAAAGGACAUUUCUAUCAUUUGAGGCAUUCCUACAAAAACAUGGCCUCAAAUCAAUGGAAACUGGAUAUGAAUCCCUUGUCGAACAUGCUAGAUAACCAAUGGCAACGAAGGUUAACAGACACUUUCCACGAUCUCUCAAAUAUUACAUUAGAACAGUCCUCGAUUGAUUCGUUCGAGGACCUAGAUCAAUGUGUAAUGAAGGUCACAGAAGAGCAUUUUACUCUUAGGGUGUCCAGAUGUAUGACUCCUCAUGUCUGUUUCACUCGGAAAGCCACGUAAGAUAACGAAUAGAAAGAGGUAUCUGAGAUCUUUACAGAAACAGCACAUGUGUAGCGGCAGAUGCAAACUACGGAUUUGCACGAUCGGGAGAAGACUUCAUUAUAGCGCCAUUAAAUACACAACUAGUAAACAGUGCCAGCAAUUGCGACGCGCCAAUGCCCAAGUUUACCUCCGGUUCUCAUUUUUACUUACCGUAA